GUCUGUGUUACAGGAAUGGAUGAACACUGUCAUCAGACCUGCAUUGAAGAAUUUCACUACUCAAACAGUAAAGGAAUAAAGACAGCGUUACUUCCUCUGUGCUCAACUUUAACCUCCUGCUCAUUUAAAGACAAAAUGGCGGCGUCCUUACAGAGCAUCGUGAGAGCGGCUUGUCGCGUCUCUCCUGCUGUUUUCCAAAGAAUUCAUCGAGCUCAGACAGUACACAAUGGAGUUAGGGUCCUGUUUGGUACUCCAGUCCUGAGACACUUUUUUAAUUCUGCUAAACUGACAUGUGAUGGAGUUGCUGCUGGAGCAGCUGAGGCUUUAGAGUCACUUUCUCGUUACAGAGACAAACCAUGGGAAUACCUGGAAAGUGAAGAGUACAUUGAGCGCUAUGGAUCCAGACCUGUUUGGGCUGACUACAGAAGGAACCAUAAAGGUGGUAUCCCCCCUCAAAAGACCAGGAAGACCUGCAUACGAGGCGAGAAGAUAUGUGGGAACCCCUGUCCAAUCUGCCGUGAUCCAAAUAUAAUCAUCCACUACCAGAACGUUAACUUGUUGCAACAGUUCAUAAGCCCUCACACAGGAAUGUUGUAUGAUCCUACUCGGACUGGUGUAUGCAUGAAGCAACAGAAACUACUUAACAAGGCAGUUGAAUCCGCAAGAGACCAUGGCUUGAUUCCCACCCAGUUACCUACUGUAGACUAUUCUGGAGAGGACUUCUCAAAUUCCCAUGGUGCAGUGGGGCGUACACCCUUGCCACCUUCUUACACCCAUGGUGAACCUUGGUAUGCGUGGUACAGUGACAUAGAGCCGGAUGAACGGGAGCUGGCCCGAGUGAAGAAGAUCUACAAACCUUACCUCAAGUAGAGAUGUUUUCUUAAUAUUACAUGCUGAGUAGGUUUCGGGGCACAGACUGAAGCUAGUCAUGGACUGAGCAGUGAUUUAUAGAGCACGGAUAUAUAAUGUGUUGAGGAAACAGGCCCUAGCAGUAAUAUUUAAAUUAAACAGUGAUCUGGAAUUGAGAGAUAUGGGACUUGGUACUAUUAAAGUACUCUAACUUUUUAUUCCUUAUACUGUGAUAUUUAAUAGAUGAUGAAAAAUUACACCCAUGCUACAGUCAAUAUUACUAAAAUUCUAGUGAUGUAUUAGAAAAAGACAAUUAUUUCUGCUUUUCUUCUCAAUCAUAUUCCACCAGAAUUGGCAACUACUGCAUUGAACUAUGUAUAUACAGAGGUGAACUAUGUAUUUUGGACCUUAUUCACCUGUAAAUUGGUAAUGUUUUGUUGUGAAUUCCUCCAGAAUAAAGAGACAAAGUACAAA